AAAUCAAUAAGCACACCACUACAGAGCCAAAAUCUAGGGUUUUAAUUCAUCAUGAGAAAACGUAAGCAGCAAGUUUACAAGGAUAACCUAAUCGUAGCCAGAUCCAAUAAACGAUCUUCAACAUCUGGAGAGGAAACAUGUUACUUUGAUCCGAUUCCCGUUGAUCUCAUCAUCAAUAUCUUGUCGAGAUUGCCUCUGGAGUGUAUUGCGAGGUGUCGUUGUGUAUCCAAACUGUGGUCGUCCAUAGUUCGCCGUCCAAAUUACAACCUGUUGUUCCCGUUCAAGUCUCCGGCUACACCGCGGCUCCUUUUCGCGUUCAAAGUUUCAGAAGAGUUGUUAUUCAACUCUUCACCUCAGCCUCACAAUCCGUGUAGGAACUUGUCUCUUGUAGCCACCUCUCUUCAGAGGACUUCUAGCGCAAAUUUCUUUAAGUUUUGUCGCCCUGUCCACGGAUUGGUCUGUCGCCAACAUAUCGAAAAUAACUAUUCAGUGGCGGUAAUUUCUAAUCCCAUCACAGGAGAGUCUUUCACUUUACCCAAACUGAGAAUGGAGGGGAUGAAUUCAGAGAGGAGAAAUGGAAAAGUAAGAUAUUCUUUUGGGUAUGAUCCGAUCGAAAAACAAUUCAAGGUAUUGCGUAUCACAUGGUUGCGUAGCGGCUCACACGAGCGGUCUAGUGAGUAUCAAGUUCUAACGUUAGGGUUUGGAAAUCAUUCAUGGAGAAAGAUCCAAUGUCGCAUAGUUCAUUAUCCACUAGAAGAUAAUGGUAUAUGCAUCAAUGGAGUUUUGUAUUAUCCCGCAAGGCUCAGUACCGGAAAACAUACCAAAUGCCCCAUUUGUAUAGAUUUACUUAUGCAAGUGUUGCUGGAAUGAUUGAUAGUGGCGAAAUUGUGUUUUACCCUCGGUGUACACAAGAUCCUUUCUUCAUCUUUUUACUACAACCUCGAGAGCAACAUUCUCACAAGAGUAAAACUUGAAGUUUCACUAUUGUUUAUUGGGUGUGAUGUUCACGCAUUUACAAACUAUGUAGAGGAUCUUAAGCUUAUGUAAGUGUUUACUUCUAUUCAAAA